CCCUAGUAGAACAGUUUAAAACCGGCCUGAGGUCCGUCUCUUUUCAGACAUCCCCAGACAGUGGAAACUAGUGAAUAGGGCCACUGUUAAUUACGUAUCAGCUGCAAAGUGAAUGUAUUUUAAUGCAAGUUCGGGGUGCGGCAACAUUUUAUUUAUAUAUUUAAUCUUACCUCUUAGCAUAAGAGAAAGGGAGUGUUUUAUAAAACGAGAAAUUAAAUUGGAUUGGGUUCGGUGCUUUUUAUUACAAAUAUUAGUCUAUCUAUAAAGUACUGAAGGACAUUUAACGUGCUUACAUUGGUGCCGAAAAUGCACAUCACCUCCAUUUUAUUUUCUGCUGUAAUAAUGGCAGCAGUGUCACUGAUGUUGACCACUGCAGCUGCUGCUGACCCGAGGGAUUUCUGUUUCUGGACUAAAGUCACGUCGAACGGUGAGACCCAUCUCAGCUUUCUCCGACACCACAGCGAAACUCACGACGCCUCCUCCUCAUCCCUCCAUCUCUACCACAGUGUGUGGUCGGUGGAGAAUAGACUGGUCAACUGCGCAGUGAGUGACGACACGGCCGUUACAGACAGCUACAUGUCUAUGUGUCGGGAGAAGAACACCACAGGACAGUUCUCUGACCGCCCUUGUGAACGUUUUGAUGUCAGUGCGCAGUCUGAACUUGAAAGCCACUGCGCUCCUGUUAGCUCUCCAACGGUCACCCAGCGCGAAGCCGUUGGAGAUGCCUCUGAGGAACAUAGAGAGACAAGGCGUAAGAGGCACGCACUGAGCGUUAUUGAUGAUAUAGCGAUCCUGAAUCCUCUUGGAGACGGUGGUGACAGUUCCAGGGAUGAGACGCAAACCCAUCGGCGCGUAAAACGUGGUCUCAUCGUGCCGGGAACGCUUUGGUGCGGCUCAGGGAACAAGGCGGCGGCCUAUGACGAUUUAGGUGUGUUUGCAGAGACAGACAGUUGCUGCAGGGAGCAUGACCAAUGUCAGGACACCAUCCUGUCGUUCGAGACCAACUAUGGAGUUUUCAACACAAACAUUUUCACCCUGUCCCACUGCCACUGUGAUAACAGGUUUCACCAGUGUUUGCUGGGGGCUGAGGACAGUAUUUCAGACACAGUGGGAUACGUCUUCUUCAACCUGCUGAAGAUGCACUGCUUUGAGUUCUCCCACAGACUACAGUGCUCUGAGAGGAACUGGUUUGGCAUGUGUCAACAGUAUGAGAUGUCUCUGUAUGCUGUGGUCCAUCCUCCCACCUUCUACAACUCCACCCAGCCAGACUCUGACUUAGAGGAGGAUGACAUGGCUGACAAUACCACCACUACCAUCUCCACCCCCACUUCCACCUCCCCCUCCAACUCUACCACCUCCUCCUCCUCCUCCUCCUCCACUUCCAACUCUACCACCUCCAUCUCUACCUCCUCUACCUCCCUCUCCACAUCUCCCACCACCUCCAUCUCCACCUCCUCUACCUCCAUCUCCACAUCUCCCACCACCUCCAUCUCCACUUCCUCUACCUCCCUCUCCACAUCUCCCACCACCUCCAUCUCCACCUCCUCUACCUCCCUCUCCACAUCUCCCACCACCUCCAUCUCCACCUCCUCUACCUCCAUCUCCACAUCUCCCACCACCUCCAUCUCCACCUCCUCUACCUCCCUCUCCACAUCUCCCACCACCUCCAUCUCCACAUCUCCCACCACCUCCAUCUCCACCUCCUCUACCUCCAUCUCCACAUCUCCCACCACCUCCAUCUCCACAUCUCCCACCACCUCCAUCUCCACCUCCUCUACCUCCCUCUCCACAUCUCCCACCACCUCCAUCUCCACCUCCUCUACCUCCAUCUCCACAUCUCCCACCACCUCCAUCUCCACCUCCUCUACCUCCCUCUCCACAUCUCCCACCACCUCCAUCUCCACAUCUCCCACCACCUCCAUCUCCACAUCUCCCACCACCUCCAUCUCCACCUCCUCUACCUCCCUCUCCACAUCUCCCACCACCUCCAUCUCCACAUCUCCCACCACCUCCAUCUCCACCUCCUCUACCUCCAUCUCCACAUCUCCCACCAGUGGAACACCAGCCUCUGGCUCGCCUGUCAUCCACCCUUACCCUGGAGAGGACAAUAUGGUUGCCAAUACUUCCCCCACCUUCACCACUGGCACUGCUACUGCUAUAGGGACCCAGAGUAGCACCUCGGGACUAGAAACCUCAGCCUCGGGCCCAGCAUUGGCUUUGGCCUCGCCAGCUGAACCCACCCACCAUACUGGCCUGACUCUGCCUAAGUCUAACCAGGACGCAGCAAGCACAGGGAAGCAGCAUGUGUAUGUGUGUGAUGUAUACAGAGACCUGGAUGACUGCAGGUUUAAGAUCCCUGCUCACCAGAAGAGAUACAGCCUCCUCAACCCAGAACCCAGGACCCUCUUCCACUGCAACUGUACCAGCAGACUGUCUGAGGUUCUGGUUCAGCAGAAGGAGAUAUCUGGGGUUCAGACUAUCCUGUUGAAGUACAUCUCUCUGUCCUGCUUCACAUUACAGCCACAGGUCUGCACACAGGGGACAAGCUGCUCGGCUUCUCUGGUCAAACCCUCUCCUGCUCAGCUGGAGCAGCAAAAGAUCAAUGGUGGAGGCAUGGAGGAGUGGCGCCAUCUACAGGCCGCUGGCCACAACGGCAGGAGGCCCAAAUCUAGAUGGGCCAAACGCAGACUACACAAACUCUGCAUCAGGAUGACCAGGAAGCACAGUCAAUGUGCUUUAGUAGAAGAUGCAGUGCCAAUGUGAUGCAAUGUUUGCCUGAUCUAUUUAGCCAUCCCAUUUCCUCCCCUAUGGGAUAUAGAUACUAUUUAUUUUUGUAAUUGACAGUUGAGUAAUUGUAAAUCCAGAUGACUCCAGAGCUGCUUAUAGUUAGGUCAUUCACUUUAAGAUAGCUAGGUGAGACAUCCACAUCAGCAAACUCAGUCCAAGUUGGAAAAAAGACAAGUGCAAGUUUUUGUUGUUGUUGGAGGGAUAAUCUACUAAUAGCAGUUGUAAAUAGUGAUAUGUGUAUCAGGGCCUUACUGCUGUAAAGGAAAAACUAUGUUUCAAGUCCUGAAUGUAAAUAUCUAAGCUACUGUACUAUAGUGUUUUUAUUUUUAUUUUUAACUACUGUCUAUGCUCAGCAUUCAUUUAAUACUUUAUCUUACUGCAAAUUGUACAUAUAAAUUACUUGUAUAGAAACACAUAUCAUUAUCAAAGACAAACAGUGUUUGCAUUUAAUAUUUUUAUUCAUUAUUUUGUUUACUCUAAUAAUCCAGACUGUAUCACAACCUGCGGUGAUUGGAGUCCCAUAGAGCGGCGCACAAUUGGCCCAGCGUCGUUCAAGUUCGACCGGUGUCGGCGGUCAUUGUAAAUACGAAUUUGCGCUUAACUGACUUGACUGGUUAAUAAAGGUUCAAUAAAAUAAAACAUUGUUUUUUAAAAUAAACACUUUGACAGA